AUGUCUUUCGGUACCAAGGCCAAGCUUCUGUCCGGCGACGAGAUCCCUACUCUCGGCUAUGGCACGUGGCAGUCCCAGCCCGGUGAGGUGUCUACCGGUAUCUACGAGGCCCUGAAGGCCGGCUACCGCCACCUCGACCUGGCCAAGAUCUACCAGAACCAGAAGGAGGUCGCCGAGGGCCUGCACAAGGGCCUCAAGGAGUUCGGCAUCAAGCGUGAGGAGGUCUUCAUCACCUCCAAGCUGUGGAACAACGCCCACCGCCCCGAGCACGUCGAGAAGGCCCUCGACGACACGCUCGCCGAGCUCCAGCUUGACUACCUUGACCUCUACCUCAUUCACUGGCCCGUUGCCUUCCCCUUGGAGGGUGCCAUCGGCGAGGUGCUUUUCCCUAAGCACAAGGAGAAGGAGAACGAGGUUGCGCUCGACAACGGUGUCUCCCUGGUGGACACAUGGAAGGCACUGAUCGCGCUCCCUAAGAGCAAGGUCAAGAACAUUGGUGUCUCCAACUUCACCAUUGAGCACCUCGAGGAGGUCACCAAGGCCACUGGUGUUGUGCCGUCCGUCAACCAGGUCGAGCGCCACCCACGCCUGAACCAGAACGACACCCUCAUCCCCUACGCCAAGGAGAAGGGCAUCCACAUUACCGCCUACUCGGCCUUCGGCAACAACAGCUUCGGCCUGCCCCUGCUCAUCACUCACCCCACAGUCGAGGCCAUCGCCAAGAAGCACAACGCCACCGGCGCGCAAGUCGUGCUGGCCUGGUCCCAGGUCGGCGGCCACAGCGUUAUCCCCAAGUCUGUCACACCCAGCCGUAUCGCUGCCAACUUCCAGGAGAUCAAGCUCAACGACGACGACAUCAAGGCUAUCAACGAGAUUGGUGUCAAGGAGUACCAGCGAUUCAAUGUCCCAGCUACCUACAAACCCAAGUGGGACAUCAACAUCUGGGAUGACGAGAAGGAGAAGUCUGCCACCAACAAGGUUGUCGUGGUCUAA